AGGUAAUCUUCUGGGCAUGCCCAAUUGCUGCUUUCCACAGUAUAUAAACUGUCCUAGGAGGAAACAACCUGUAUUCAGCACAACAGAGGCUAUCCCAAAAUGAAGGCUUUCCUUGUCCUCCUCCUGGGAGCAGUCCUGUGCAUGGACUCAGGGUCUUCAUUGAAAUGCUACAGCUGCAAGUCACAGCUCAGCAACUCCAACUGUAAGACGUCAGUGGACUGCAAGGAAAAUGAAGUGUGCAAGACAGAUGUGAUCAGGGUCAUAGGGCUCUUCAACGUUAUCAGCAAGAGCUGUGAUGCAUCAUGUGAAGCAGACUAUCAGGACUUCAGUGUGGGCAACAGGAACAUCUCCUGCUGCAGCAGUGAUCUCUGCAACGUCAAUGCAGCAGGCAAUGUGAGGUCCAGCUAUGGGCUGGCAGCAGGUCUAGCAGGCAGUGUGCUCUGGACCUUCCUGAACAGCAGAUUGUGAGGAGAAAAGAGGACUUCCAUGACCACACACAGUCUUGGAGCACUUCUCUUAUGAAAGGAAGUGUAUUCAGAAGCAAUGUGGUGUGGUGGCACACAGCAUCCUUGGAGCUGAUGGCUGAGCUUUGCUGUAUGAGGGCUUCUUAAUUUCUCUUGUUGUAUUGCUGUAGUGCUACCAGAUAAGGAAAUGUGUCCAGGCUAUCUCCAUAACAUCUGAAAUAUACUUAUUUGUGAUUCAAA